GUAGAAAUAUAUUUCUAGUACAUUUGUACAUAUAUUUCUACCAUGAUGUAACUUAAAGUUUUUUUUACACCACACACACACACACACACACACACUCAAGGGCAAUGUCCACUGUAAAAUUACAAAUCUUUUUUACCAACUGAAAAAUUUUUUUUAUUAUAAAAACACAGACACACACACACACACGUGCAAAAAAAAAAAUCCAACAUUGGAAAAAGAAUAACAAUAUUUUUUAAUAUAUUUAUCUCUCGUCUGAUACUAUUUUUUAUUAAAGUGAGCAAAUUAAUAUUAUUUUUAAUUAAUAAAAAUAUAAAUUUGCAAUAUAUAAAUUGUGUCAUUCAGCAUAAAUAAUAAUAUUGUUAUAAAUUAAUUGUAUAUAUCAAGUGAUAAUACAAAAAAAUAAAAAAUAAACAAUGGCAGGUAUAUUUGAUAUUGAAUUGCAUGAUGGUGACAACGCGGUUCAGGAUGAUGAUUCUGAUGAUGAUGUUAUUGAUACUGCAAAUGCUGAUUAUGACACAUCACCAAAUGUAAAUGAUGUAUUGGUAACUGAAGAUUGUGAACAAGUACAAUUAAGUGAGCAAAAUGUUAAUCCAGGCAAGGAAAAAGUUGGUCCAAAAGAUUUUGAAUUAUGCAAAAUUCUUGGUGAAGGUGGUUAUGGAAAAGUAUUUCAGGUACGUAAAGUUACUGGAAGUGAUAAAGGUAGUAUAUUUGCUAUGAAAGUAUUGUGCAAAGCAUCAAUAAUACGUAAUCAAAAAGACACAGCACAUACAAAAGCUGAACGUAAUAUAUUGGAAGCAGUUAAACAUCCAUUUAUUGUUAAUUUAAUAUAUGCAUUUCAAACUGGUGGUAAAUUAUAUUUAAUAUUGGAAUAUUUAUGUGGUGGUGAAUUAUUUACAUAUCUUGAUCGUGAAGGUAUAUUUCUUGAGGAUACAGCAUGUUUUUAUUUAUCUGAAAUAAUACUUGCAUUACAACAUCUUCAUAAACUUGGUAUAAUAUAUCGUGAUUUAAAACCAGAAAAUGUAUUACUUGAUCGUGAAGGACAUGUUAAAUUAACUGAUUUUGGUUUAUGUAAAGAACAUAUUAAUGAGGAUACAGUAACACAUACAUUUUGUGGUACAAUUGAAUAUAUGGCACCAGAAAUAUUAACACGUAGUGGACAUGGUAAAGCUGUUGAUUGGUGGUCACUUGGUGCAUUAUUUUAUGAUAUGUUAAAUGGUACACCACCAUUUACUGCUGAAGAUCGUAAAAAAACAAUUGAAAAAAUAUUAAAAGGUAAAUUAGCAUUACCACAAUUUUUAUCACCAGAUGCUAGAGAUCUUGUUAGAAAAUUAUUAAAAAGACAAGUUGCACAAAGACUUGGUUCUGGUAUUGAUGAUGCUGAACAAAUUAUAAAUCAUAAAUUUUUUAAACAUAUUAAUUGGCAAGAUGUUAUAUCUAAAAAACUUGAACCACCAUUUAAACCAUCAUUAAUAAGUCCAGAUGAUACAUCACAAUUUGAUGAACAAUUUACAAGAACAGUACCUGUUGAUUCACCAGUUGAAAGUAAUUUAAGUGAAUCAGCUAAUAUGAUUUUUCAGGGAUUUACUUAUGUUGCACCAAGUUUAUUAGAAGAAUUAUAUAGUCAAUCAAAAGCUGGUAAUUCACGUUCACCAAGACGUCAUUAUUCUGGCUCAAGUCGUAGUCGUAAAAGUUUUUCACCAAGAAGAGUACCACAAACUCAACAACAACCUCAACAACAACAACAACAACAACUUAGAUCUCCAAUUGAUCAAUCUAGCCAACACAACAAUAUGAUGGAUGUUGUUAAUUUAUCUGACCAACAAUAACCAGAUUCAUCUGACGAUGGCUAAUAAUAAUUUUGCCAAAUGAAAAUUUAUUAACAUAUUAUUAUUUAAAUCAUAAUAAUCAGCUUUUUUUUUUUAGUUCAAUUUAAUUUACGCAGUUGAUAAACAAACAAAUACAAAAUCAUCAGAAUAAAAAAUAGUCAAGUUGUUUAUUCGAAUGCAUUAUUAUUUUUGUGAGAAUCAUUUAAUGGGAAAUUAUUUUAUAAAAUUAAAUUUGUUUAAUAGAUAAACAAUAGAAAAAUAGUAAAGAAAAAUAAAAGGCUCAAAUUAAUAUUAACUUUUUUUUAUAUUUAAAAAAUGUUUUUCAUUUUUUUUUUUUUCUUUGAGUCUUUGAUUUUAUUUUAAAACAGUACUUGUGCAAAUUGCCCACAGUGUUCAUCACAAAAAUAAAUAAAUUGUAUCUUUUUUUAAUGAAAAGAUAAACUAAAAAAAAAAUAAUAAAUAAGUCGAGUUAAUAUUAGAAAAAAAAUAAUAUCUGUUUUGCAAUUAUGAUAGAUUAAGAAUUGAAAAUUUUUAGCUAAAAUAAUAAUAAUAAAUUGUGCCCAAUUUAAUUGUUGCAGUGAAAAUAAUUAAUAAUUAUUAUAUGCUCAUAAAUAAUGUAAAUAGAAUGAAAUUUUAACGAAACAAAACAUUUUUAAUAAUAAAAAAACGAAAAAAAAAAAAAUCAAUAAACAAAAAUGUAUUUUAAAUAAAAUCGAAAUAUUUUACAAAAUUAAAAUAUAUAUCACGAUUAAAUAAAAAAUGUCAAGUUUA